AUGACCGAUACCAUUGCACGCAUCAAAUACAGACCCGCCACCGAACUCGUCUAUGUCGACAACUCGGACGGCAAGGGUCCCAAGGACAACUACAACGCCGCCUCUAUGCCAAUCUACCAAACCGCAACCUUCAAACAGUCCUCCUCAACCCAGAUGGGCGAAUACGACUACUCCCGCUCAGGGAACCCUACUCGCUCCCACGUCGAGAACCAUCUUGCCAAGAUCAUGUCCGCCAAGAGGUCUUUUGUCGUCAACAGCGGGAUGACUGCCUUGGAUGUGAUUACACGCCUUGUCAAGGCUGGAGAGGAGGUCAUUGCAGGCAACGAUCUCUAUGGAGGCACCAACAGAUUGCUCAGCUUCUUGGCGACGCACAACAACGUCAAGACGCACCACAUCGACACCACCGACUCUGAAACUAUCAUCCCCUAUCUCUCUGAAAAGACUCGUCUCGUCCUCCUGGAGACUCCCACAAACCCCUUGAUGAGGAUCGCCGACAUUCCACGAAUCUCUGAAAUCGUACACGAAAGAUGCCCGAACGCCCUUGUCGUCGUCGACAACACUAUGAUGUCUCCUUAUCUUCAGAGGCCCCUCGAAUUAGGCGCUGAUAUCGUCUAUCACUCUGGCACAAAGUAUCUCAGCGGACACCACGAUCUCAUGGCCGGAGUAGUCGCUGUCAAGGAAGAUUCUAUCGCAGAGAAAAUCUACUUUACGAUCAACGCAACGGGAGUUGGUCUGAGCCCAUUCGACUGUUGGCUGUUGAUGAGAGGAGUCAAGACGUUGGCAGUGCGCAUGGAUCGUCAGCAGGCCAAUGCGAUCCAGAUUGCAGAUUUCUUGCAGUCGCACAAGUUCAAGGUGCACUACCCUGGACUGAAGACGCACCCUCAGUACGAGCUGCAUGCCAAGAUGUCGAAUGGACCUGGAGCUGUGCUCAGUUUUGAGACUGGCAAUGUCGAGUUGAGCGAGAAGCUAGUUGAGCUCACCCGUCUAUGGGGUAUCAGUGUCAGUUUUGGCUGUGUCAACUCUUUGAUCAGUAUGCCAUGUCGCAUGUCCCAUGCCAGUAUCCCUGCCGAGGUGCGCGCAGCACGCGCCAUGCCCGAGGACUUGAUCCGUCUUUGCGUGGGAAUCGAGGAUGUCGACGAUCUCCUCGAGGAUCUUUACCACGCCCUCACCGCAUCUGGGGCCCUUAAGCUCGCCAACUAA